GGCAGUCUAUAGAGUGACCGUUGCUGAAUAUUUGUAAACAAAAUACAAUUUUUCUUUCUUUUUUGUUUAUAAUGCUGCUGGCCAAUAUAAAAUGCAGUGACCAGGAGGACGCUGGCGACGAGGAGGAGAUGCAGAUAAGCCCAGGCGACGUCGAUCCUCCCUGGAUCCUCGAGAACUACGAAUCUGAGGACGAAUUCAAGGAGGCCCAUCAAAUCCGAACCCUUCGCUGCAGCCUGCCUAGAUGCCCGUACAGGACAAACAGGACCCACAACCUGUGGCGGCACGAGGAGAGACACAAGCGCCCGGUGGAACCAAAGCCAUUUGGCUGCCCCGUCUGCAUCUACAGAACCGAUAAAAUUAACAACUUGAGGCGGCAUGUAGCCAUCCGACACCCAAAAUCGGCCUCAGUGGCGGAAGAUCCGGAUGAGCCACCGGUCGCGGCGCCCCGCAAAAUCCACUGCCAGGUGCUGGGCUGCCGUUACGAAACGAAUCGGGCCUAUGACCUAAAGCGCCACAUGGAUGUGCACAACAAUGUGGAGAAGAGCCACAAGAAGUACAAGUGUUCCCUGUGCAUGUACAGCUCGGAUAGAAAGGCCAAUCUCAAGCGGCACCUGGAGCUGCGACACUCUGGCAUCGAGGACACCGUAACGACUGCAGAAGAAGUAAGGGAGGAGCUACACUGCCAGGAGCAGCAGCAGAUACUAGAAGAGCAAGGGCAGCACGAGGAGCUCUUCAACGAUUUGAUAGAGGACCUUGACGGGGUGAAGGUCGAAAUCGAGGGGAAGGAAACGGAGGAGCAAGUGUACGAGCAGCUGGAGGAGGAGGAGGAACCACCCCUGAUCACGAUAUCCCCAUGGAAGCCACCGGUACUCCAUGGAGACAUUACCGACAAGCAAGUGAUUGCUGUCAACGUGAAUGGCCAGCUACGUUGGUUCCAAUCAAUCGAUCCGCCGCCUGGCGCUGUGUCAAAACACCUGCAACUGGCCAUGGAGGAGCAGGAACAGCAGGCGGCUUCGGAUCAGCAACAAAUGGACGAGCUGGACGACGAGUUGGCCUUGUCCCUGGCCCAGCAGGACCAAGAGGAGGAGCUUCUGGUGGAAAUGCUAACCGAAGAUCAGCCGUGGAGCUUUCACAUUUCCAACGAAAUGUUGGCAACUCCCAACCAGGAGGAAUCGAAAGACUCUAAUUUCCCCAAUUGGUGGGACGAUGGCGAGUACACAAAGAUGCACAAAAACCAAACGUUUCGGGAUCACCGGCAAAAACCCUCAAAGGCUAUUGUGCAACGCAUACUGCGCAACAUCUAUGACAUAUACUACAAGCCCUUCAAGGAGGAGCGCAAGCAGUCCGAGGUGUUCCAGAUCAAGGACUCGUGGCUAUGCGCCACCCAGAUGACACGCAUGCAGAUAAUUAAAGACAUGUACUCGAAGCAGGGCACAUGAAGUUUACAGUUUAAGCUAAGCAAUAAAAGAAAGGUAUUUAAUAAAUUAAAAUGUAGCUUUUUAUUUAAAAAAUACCAUCAAAUUAAAUUCCAUUUAUUAAAUGUUUAA